GAGUAACGGUCGUUGAUGGAGAGGCAGUGGUCGAUAGUGCAGCACUUGUCGAUGCAACAGCGGUCGUUGACGAUGCAAUGGUGGUCGGGAGUGCUGGGAUCGUCGAUGAGGGAACUGUUGUGGGGAUGCUAAUUACGUUGGACGAGGUGGAACCUACGAUUCGUGAAAUGAGUAUUGAUAAUGAGGUAGCUAGUGUUGAUGAGUUCGGUCUGUUCGCAGAACGAAGCGAUAGGUUUCGAAAAUAG